AAACGCAUCACACACUUUUGGCACGCAGGAAUACGACAUACGCGCCUAGCCAUGUUUGAAACACAAAUCAUCCACACCGAGCACAAGGACGUGAUACACGAUGUGGCCUACGAUUACUAUGGCCAGCGGAUGGCGACCUGCAGCAGCGACCAGUACGUGAAGGUGUGGGACCAGAACGAGCAGGGCGUGUGGAGCGUAACGGCCAGCUGGAAAUCACACUCCGGCUCGGUGUGGCGCCUGUCCUGGGCGCAUCCCGAGUUCGGGCAGGUGCUGGCGACCAGCUCGUUCGACCGCACCGUCUCGGUGUGGGAGGAGACGGUGGGCGAAAAGACAAAUCCGGCCAUGCCGCCGCUAAAGCGCUGGGUGCGCCGCACCAACCUGGUCGACUCGCGCACGAGCGUGACGGACGUGAAGUUUGCGCCCAAGUCGCAGGGCCUGAUGCUGGCGGCCUGCUCGGCCGACGGCAUCAUCCGCAUCUACGAGGCGCCGGACAUUAUGAACCUCUCCCAGUGGACGCUCUCGCACGAGAUCAGCGUCAAGAUACCGCUCAGCUGCCUCACGUGGAAUCCGUCCAUGUUCCGGCUGCACCCGCCAAUGAUUGCGGCCGGCAGUGACGACUCGUCGCAGAGCACCGGCGGCAAGGUGUUCAUCUUCGAGUACAGCGAGAACGCGCGGCGCUGGGCCAAGACGGAGACGAUCAACUCGAUCACCGAGCCGGUGCACGAUAUUGCGUUCGCCCCGAACGUCGGCCGGAGCUACCACAUCCUGGCGGUCGCUAGCAAGGAUGUGCAAAUUUUUAACCUCAAACCAAUCCUCGAUCCAACGGCAAACUCAAGACUGGAAAUACAGGCGGCCGCCCAGUUCGGGGACCACUACUGUACGGUGUGGCGCGUUACGUGGAACAUUACCGGCACCAUGCUAGCCUCGACCGGUGAUGAUGGGUGUGUUCGGAUGUGGAAAAUGAAUUAUUUGAAAAACUGGCGCUGCGCAGCGGUCCUCAAGGCAGAAAACUCCGAAUCGGCCCCGGAAACGUCGGUGACCGCUUCUCUCAAGUCGAGCAUAGUGAAUGCAACGGCCAAGUACUACAAGCGAGGCACAAUCAGCCAUCCGGGCAGGUUCCACGGCAUUAGCCGGCAUGCUGGAGACUUCCGUCGUCGUCGUCGUCGUCGUGGAGGUGUGGUACGAAAGGCGGAUGAAAGUUUGCGAUUACGGUACGAAUGGAAAUGUGUUCUGUUAAAUAAAUGCUACAAACCUAUUGUGAGAAUAAUAAACAUUCAACAAACAACAAACAGCAUUCGAUUUGGAGUUUUUACGUUAGGUAGCUUGGGUCGUUCUGAUGAUGUUUUGUAA